GAGCCUUUUAUAAUAUCGGUCCGCUCAAAGUCCGCCAUUUUAACUAAGUCGAUCAACAUUGUAAUCAGAUACGAACCAGUAGUCAUAUUGUCAGGUAAUAUUCAUCGCCACCUUAGCAUUUUUUCCUCUUGAAAGGAAGGAUUAGGGAAAUAGGUCCGAUUACUGAAACCAGGUCGAAAAGAAGUGCCCUUUUUGAGGACACAAAAUGACGGGUAUCAAUGUUUCCCUGUGCCUGAUAGCAUGCCUGUUUGGAGUGCUGAUGCUUGAAAUUGAAGGCAGUACUUAUUACACAGCCGACUCCUACGACUGCGGGGAAUCCCAUUACGUUUACACAUACUCCUCAACCACGUUGAAAGCUUGGCAGCUGCUGUCAGACAGGAAUUACCCACCGUCUUCCUGCACCAUGUACUUUGAUACUGGGAUAGAAGGAGAUGUGGUUCGCGUGUCAUUCAUCAAUGUCCGUUUGCCGUGUUUCUCUUCCGCCAAGUUACAUUUCUACGAUGGCUAUGGGACCUAUGUUAACAAGUUGAAAACAUUAUCUUGCACCAGUGUAACACCGCAAGACUUCCGCAGCUCUGGACGCUAUCUCACAGUUAAACUCGAAUCAAGUUCUUCCGAAAGCAACUACGACUUUGAGAUCGAUUUAUGGGAGGAGGAUGGUGGUAAGCCUGGCCAGACAAAUGGUGGAUCAGCCCUAUCUAUCGGAAUCAUACUUGGCAUCGUUGGCGGUGUAUUUUUCAUCUUUGCUCUUCUGUUUACGGCGAUGGGGCUGCUUUGUCGACGCUACGCCACGAACCGAUCUGGAAGGGGUAUCACAGUCAUGAGGCCAGUGGUGGCAAACGUGCCACAAUAUCCACCCUCUGGUCAAAUAAAUCCGGGAUUCGGACCUCCACCCGCGUACAGUGAAGUGACUAGUCCAGCGCCAUCUGGAGGCCAGGCUAAUCCUGGAUUACAACCUCCGCCAGGGGGUUCUCAAGUACAACAAGGAGACACGACGAGACCUUAUCCUCAGCAGCAGUUUUACGCUCCUUACCCUCAGCAACAGAGCGUGCCCUAUCCCCAGCAGCCUAACGAUCCGCCGAACCUCGAGCAGCCGAAAAAUCCGCUUUUGCCCCAGCAGUAGACCGCCCCAUUACGGACAGACCUUCGACAUUCACACUCCUCAUUCCAAAGAAUCAAAUAAUUACAACAUUACUGAUUUCAUUGAUACGUUAUUUUGAUCUGCUAAGCAUUUUUUUUUUGCAUUCUGAGGAGAAAUAUCAUCGUUUUUUGUUUAACUGAUUCUUACAGACUAGAUUGUCGAAGGCAGAAUGUCGUUAAUUGCUGCAAACCUGAUAGCAUUAUUUAGCCCAAAACUUUCAAUUUCUUUGCUUAAAACAAUAAUUAUUAUAUCUGAUAUACCACAUCUUACUAGCAAAUAAUAUUUGUUUGCGCAAGUUCAUGACAAAAGUUACAAACAUAAAAAGUAGUGAAAUCAGUAACGAACUGUGAUUUUUAAUGUAUGGUUAUUCUAGAAUUACUAUUACACGAGUUCCGGGCCUGCAAGUUCAACCCGGUGGUCCACACAUGUAUAGCAUUCUAUAGAACUCUUCCAUGUGUUUUUAUAAUUCUAUAAUAGACUUUAUUUUAAUAUUACAAUAUUUGGUGAACUUACUGAUGUCCAUUAAUUAACUUUACCUCAAUAACGGACUUUAUUUAAAUAUUGCAAUAUUUGGUAAAUUAAGCUAUAUCUAUUAACUUAUAAUUCUAUAAUGGAGUUUAUUUUAAUAUUAAAAUAUCUGGUAAACUCACCGAUGUCCAUUCACUGUACUUCUAUAAAGGGCUUUAUCUUAAAAUUACAAUAUUUGGUGUCCAUUAACUGUAAUUCUAUAAUGGAGUUUAUUUUAAUAUUAAAAUACCUGGUAAUCUCACCGAUAUUCAUUAACUGUACUUCUA